AUGGAGGGCAAAGAGGAAGUGAAGAAGGCAAGUUUGAGGAAGGGUUUUUGGAAACCAGAAGAGGAUUUGAUACUGAAGAAAUAUGUGGAGAGCCACGGCGAAGGCAACUGGACCGCUGUAUCCAAGAACUCAGGAUUGACGAGAGGAGCCAAGAGCUGCAGGCUGAGAUGGAAGAACUACCUAAGACCUAACAUCAAAAGAGGCAUCAUGUCUGAAGAUGAGAAGGAUCUUAUUAUUAGGCUGCAUAAGCUUCUAGGCAACCGGUGGUCGUUGAUUGCCGGAAGGCUUCCCGGUCGGACCGAUAACGAAGUCAAGAACUACUGGAAUACCCAUUUGAACAAGAGGCCCUCCCGGGCUCAAAUUCCUGAACCGCCGCCCCACGAGGCCACUGGGAGGGCGGCCACGACAGAAUCUGCGGCCCCGAUUCCGAAAAUUGAAGGGGGGAGUUUCGAUGAGAGUGGUAGUGCAACAGAUUGUUGGAUAGACAAGUUGAGAAAUGGGCAUCUGGAUUUCGAGGCCUACAAUUACAUGCCCAUUUUGGACGAUUUGGUUUAUUCCGGUUCGUUUGAUGAAACAUUAUUUAAUUUCUAUAGCUUGCUUAAUUAGGGUUAUGGGAAAAUUUUCCAAUUUUUCCAAUGAGGUAGUAUUAGUAGUAUGCUUGUGCUACAUGCAAAUCUAUGUUGUACUCUACUUACCUAUAAUGUGUGUUUGGUACAAUAUUUACGAUUUGUAGGGCUCGGAAUUAUUGCCAGUGUGUAUGGAAAUCAAGUUAUUUUA